AUGAGUCCCACUCAAGAUGCUGUGGUACGAGUAGUCACCUCAGAUAUUGAGCAAGCUGGUUUCGGAAGAUACCAGUACUAUGUGCUUGCCGUGGGAGGACUCGGCCGGUUCUAUGACAAUUUCUGGAUGUUUGCCAUAUCCCUCAUAUCGCUCCCCGUUCUGCGAGAAUUCUCGAGUCACAACGUAGCCUGGACGGUGUUUGCCAAGUAUGUUGGACUUACAGUGGGGUGUGUGGUAUGGCCGUUAGCCGCUGAUCGCUACGGGCGAUUGAAAGCAUUUAAUUAUUCCUUGAUCAGUGCUGGAGUUUGUGGCCUCCUCGCAUCAUUUGCUCAUUCGUUCUUUUUAUUGUGUGUGUUGUUGCUAUUUGUGGGUUUCAACAUUGGGGGUAAUCAACCAGUUGCUCUGAUGUUGGUUGUGGAAGAAAUUCCUCCCAGCCAUCAACACUGGAUCCUCUAUGAGCUGAUUGCGUGGGGUCUAGGCCUGUUUACGGCAGCAAUGAUCGGCUGGCCGCUCGUGGCUAAGCACACUUGUGUUGAUGCGGUGGAUUGUAUUCCAAAUGAUAACAAAGGUUGGCGAUACGCUUAUAGUAUCUUUGGGAUUCUCACCAUUGUCAUGUUCGCGGGGAGCAGAAUGCUUCCGGUACGAGAACUGCCUAAGUAUGUUGCUUCCAAGGGAGAUUUCACUGAAACCGAAUCUAUCCUUAACCACAUUGCACGAUCAAAUGGUACUCGGGUCGCAGUCAACUAUACUGGUGAGCACUCUGUCUCUGACAAUGCUCUACAAGGCAAUAUUAAAGCAAGCUGGAAGGAACGAGUGCAUCAAUCGAUCGGAUCAACAAAAACUCAAGUCUCGGACUUACUUCAUGGUGAUCUUAGGCGGACAACUAUAAGGCUUUGGUUGAUAUGGGCACUUUGUGGUAUGGGAUACCCUUUGUUCCUGUCAUUUCUUCCAAUCUACCUUAAUACCAAAGCAUCUACGCUCAAUCAAACAUACCGUGACUACGCCAUUCAGUCGGUGUUCCUGAUACCGCUGGGUGUAGUCGCUGGAAAGUUGGCUCAGAACCCACGGCUAGGCCGAAAAGGGAUUGGUGCUCUCGGAGGUGUUCUCACGGGCAUGUUCAUGUACUUGUUCAUUUUGGCAAAACCGUCCAAGGAAGACACUAUUUUCUCAUCAUACUUACUCUAUAACUGUGGUAUAUCAUUUACAACCACAUUGUUGUACGGGGCCAUGUAUGCCUACACUCCCGAAGUCUACCCAUUACUGAAACGAGCAAUAGGUCUGGCUAUGUGUCUGUUUUGGAAUCGUAGCUUUGGCUUGUUGGGUCCGCUUACCUCCUUGACUAUGACGUUGAGUCUGGGUGCCCCGGUCUAUUUGAGUGGAGCCCUCUUCAUGACUGCGGGCUGCUUAUUCUUGACUUUACCAUUGGAAACCAGAGGAGUUGCAGCUCAAUAG